AUGCUCACCUCAUCUAUCUAUCUAUCUAUCUAUCUAUCUAUCUAUCUAUCUAUCUAUCUAUCUAUGUCCGUCUGUUCAUAUCUAUCUAUCUUUGUCAGUCUGUUCAUAUCUAUGUCAGUUUGUUCCUAUCUAUCUAUCUAUCUAUCUAUCUAUCCAUCUAUCUAUCUAUCUAUCUAUCUAUCUAUCUAUCUAUGUCAUCUGUUCAUAACUCUCUCUCUCUAUCUAUCUAUCUAUCUAUGUCAGUCUGUUCAUAUCUCUCUCUCUCUCUCUCUAUCUAUCUCAGUCUGUUCAUAUCUAUCUAUCUAUCUAUGUCAGUCUGUUCAUAACUCUCUCUCUCUCUAUCUAUCUAUCUAUGUCAGUCUGUUCAUAACUCUCUCUCUCUAUCUAUCUAUGUCAGUCUGUUCAUAUCUCUCUCUCUCUCUCUCUCUCUAUCUAUCUAUCUAUCUAUCUAUCUAUCUAUCUAUCUAUGUCAGUCUGUUCAUCUCUCUCUCUCUCUCUCUAUCUAUCUAUCUAUCUAUGUCAGUCUGUUCAUAUCUCUCUCUCUCUAUCUAUCUAUCUAUCUAUCUAUCUAUCUAUCUAUCUAUCUCAGUCUGUUCAUAUCUGUCUAUCUAUAUAUAA